CACCGUUCACCCAUCUGCAAUCAAUAUCUCUCAAACGUCUCUCAACACGUCGUCAACAAUUGAAGCGGUCUACUUGAUGCCCAUAAGAGAGUAGAACGAAGCAGGAGCUAGUUUUUGUCAUCGUCCAAGAUGCGCGCCUCCGUUGCUCUUUCCCUGUCGCUGGGAGCAACAAUUGCCAGCGCCCAGCUUCAACCUCGACAGACCACCAGCAUUCCGGAUUUCGUCACGAAUUAUGCGCCAUUAGUAUAUCUCGACCAGAACGACGUCUACCUUCCUUCCGACAUUCAAGCGCAAUUGAACAACACUUACCCCGCACUCAACUACACAGCGCUGCCCAAAGCGGAUGUCCCUUCACCACUCCUCCUUUCAGAUCUCGAACAACUCAACAUUCUAGGAAAUUGCGGGCAGAACUUCGAUGCAUGCCCCAUCUAUCUUACCUCCAAAGACAAUGUGGCGACGGACCCACCUUGGCUUUAUGGCGUCCUGCCUGAUCCCGUGACCGGCAAGACUGUCGGCGCGAGAUCUUGCGCUAUCAUUGUCAAUGACCAUGGAGGCGGACUUGUCGAUGCUUAUUAUAUGUAUUUCUACGCUUUUAACUACGGAUCGGUUGUUUUGGGGCAGCUCCUUGGGAAUCAUGUUGGAGAUUGGGAGCAUAGCAUGGUGAGAUUCAAGGAAGGAAUCCCCAUUUCCGUCUGGCUCAGUCAACAUGAAUAUGGACAAGCUUUCACAUAUGACGCGCUAUUAAAAAAGGGUCCUCGGCCCAUCAUCUACAGUGCAUUUGGCUCUCACGCCAAUUUCGCAGUAGCAGGGACGCACUCCCGAAACGUAUCCGUCGUAACAGUAAAUGACUACACUUCGCCUGGCCCGGUAUGGGACCCUACUCUGUCAGCAUACUUCUACACCUAUACACCAUCGUCAGCCACAAACGGCACAUUCGUGCCUUCCGACGCUACGACUCCCACAGGAUGGCUCUACUUCGAAGGCAGGUGGGGUGAUGAACAGUAUCUCGACAGCGACCCUAGACAAGUGAACUUCCUGAAUGCCAGCAUUGCUUGGAAGUACGAGACUGGGCCAACUGGACCUUUGGACAAAGGCUUGAAUCGGACGGAUGUGUGCCCGAAUGUGUCGGGGACGCCUUGCACAACUUUGAGUGUGUUGCCUAUUACCAGUGGCUCAAGUAUCCCAGUCACGGUCACAAGAACAACUUCAAGCCAAUAUUCGGUGCCUACGGGAACGGGUGGGGGAAAUAGUACUUCUUCUAGAAGUGCGGGUCCAACUAGCUCGACGUUGACCAGCGCAAACGGGGCCAAAGGUUUGAACGUCAAGAUUGGGUUUAGUUUCUGGGGAGUUGUGGUGGCUUUGCUAGUUUGGUGACUUGAUUCAGUCACCGAUGAAAGCUCAUCGUACUAUCUAAUGGACGGAUUUACCGGCCAGGCUCGCGUUCCCUGAUCUCGUCGUCGACGAGCAUCGCCCUUGGACCGAAACACAAAUGACAGCAUUUGGCAACGCCUAGGCACAUUUUACAAGCUUGCAUGCUCGCCCUUUAAAACAUUUUGCCCUGCAUGUGAUUGGUAGAAAGUGGCGCAGCCCAUCCUCG